GAGGACUACGACUCCCGGCGUGCCCCGCGGCUCAAGGCCGGAAGGGCCCGGAUCCGGAACCGGAUGGGGCUUGCGUCUCCGGUGCCUGAAGCUCUGGGGAAAUGGCAACGGGAACAGACCAGGUGGUGGGACUCGGCCUCGUCGCCCUUAGCCUGAUCAUCUUCACUUAUUACACCGCCUGGGUAAUUCUCUUGCCAUUCAUCGACAGUCAGCAUGUCAUCCACAAGUAUUUCCUGCCCCGAGCCUAUGCCAUUGCUAUCCCACUGGCUGCCGGCCUCCUGCUGCUCCUGUUUGUGGGUAUAUUCAUCACCUACGUGAUGCUGAAGAACCAGAAGGAUACCAAAAAGGCCCAGUGAAGGCCUAGCAGGAAUGAGGCUGCUGGCCCCUUCUCUGCUUCUUCUCCAGGCAGACCCAACGGGAGUGCCCACAGGACCCAUCCAGGCACUGAGGCCCCCUCAAGCCUGAUUGCCCUGCAAACACCCCUGUGAGAUGGAAGCCGUUCAGGACUCACCCCUGGCUGACCAGUACCCCUGCUCCUCCUUCCAGAAGCCAGGGAGGAAGAGUACCUGGAAGUCUCCAUCUCACCCCUCUUCUGACUCAGGGCCUGGAAGAUGCUGGUCCCCCUCCACAGACACACACACCUCCCCUUCAGACCACUAUCAUUUUUCCUGCUGGGUUCUACACUUGCCUGAGUUUCCUUCUUGUCAUAUGAUGGUGUUGGACUUGGCAGGUUCUGGGGCAUCACGUGACCUCUCACCACAUGUCCUGCUCCUCCACAAAGGCAGUCUUCCCAGGUCUGACAUAGCCCCAGACUCCACAAGGAUUUCUGGACCUGGAGAGCCUAGAGGGAGGCCUUGACCUCUAAGGGGCCCCAGGGUACAUUAGGUUGGCCACAGGGGGCUCCCCAGAUUGACUGCUUCUCCUGGAGGCCCAGCCCCCCAGCCUCAGUGCUGGCCUGAUGGGAGAACUGAAAAAUAAACACUGUUUUCUUUGUCUCAGUGCCAUCCCUGACCCAAGGAGCCCAGGGGCUGGGAGCUGGCCUGUGCAUUGGUCUCAGAUCAGGAGACACUGGUUUGUGCAACGAGGGUGCCUUGGGUACCUCUUGGAUUAUCCCCGUGCUGGACACAGGACAAAGCAGGGGCCAGGACUGAUGUGGAUCUGGCCUGGCGCAGCUCACAGUGAGGGAGUCUGGAGGCAUGGCCAUCUGCCAGACAUCACAUCAGCCUCUACCUUGCCUCCCCUGUGCCAACCCAGCCAGUGGGCACUGGUAUAUUAAGGACCCUCAGACCCCUAAAAGCCCAAGCCCAUCAUCUGUCUCGUACCCAGCAGCCCAACUUAGUGUGACUCUGAGCAGAGGGCCGCUAUGAGCCAGAGCAGUUUCCAUUGUGUUCCGGUUGACUGGUCCAGGCCUCAGCUCGAGCCCCUGGCAAUCUCACCGUGCCUCUGGGCAGCCAGCUCUCCCAUUCACAGUGUGAGCCUCUACCCCUCACUUUCUUGGGCACUCAUUCUUCCUCCAGUUAGCAGAGGUGUCCCGCCCCCCUCAUCAGAAAAGAGCCCAGCUGCAGGCACACCUUCCCUGUCCUUACCUGUUCCCCUCCCCAUCUCCAGUCCAGGUGGAGCUGCCCUCCUGGACUUGGUCCUAUCCUCCUACCACUGUGGAAAGAGCCUGCUAUCUGAUGAUCCCUCUCAGGGGAACAGCCUCUGCCUCUCAACGUGGUCCUCCAGUGUUGAAUGUGUUAACAGGCUCCAUAUAAGGGACCCUUCAUCAAUCCAUUAACUCCCUCCAGGUCUCUCCCCCUCUCCUCUUCACAACCAAACUUCCCCAAAGGGUAUCCACCCCUGCCCCUGUUUCCUCUCCUCCCACUGCUCGGCAGCCUUCCAGGAGGGCUGCACUCAGAUCACCAGUGAUGUCCAGUCUUAACAUCAGAGGCAUGUUCCUUGACCUCCUGCCACAUUUGGCCAGUGACAUCCCCCCCACCCCGCCCCUGGGUGCAUUCUCAGAUGCCGGAUGACCCAUUCUCCUACUUCUCUGUCAUAUUCAUGCUCCUCUCUCCUGCAGUGAGAGUGUAGGUUUCUUAGGAUUCAGUCACAGGCUUCUUCACCCCACAGUCUUAGGGGCGACCUUAUCCUCACCCAGGCUUGCUUCCAGCCCAGCUUUCUCCUGAGCCCAAAGGUGUUGCAUGUGUGCCAGCUGCCCACCUGACAUCCCCAUCAGAUGUCACUGACCUUGGCAUUCCUCUUCCACCCCACAUCCACCGGACCCAAAUCCUAUCAAUUCUUGCCAUUUCUUCCCCCACCCCAGUCACCUUUCUGAUGCAAAGCCACCAUCCUCUGCCCUAAAUCACCAAAGGUGUCCUCACUUCUCUCCCCACUCUCCCACAAUGGCCCCCUCUGUGUACAUCCUACUUGUACUGGUUAAGCAUAUACCAGUUUGUCAAAACACCAGUUUGUGCCAGGUUACUGAGCUAGGAAAGGAGCCUGCCCUCCUUGCACUCUGGGUAGGGGAGAGGGGGAUGUAAUAAAUAAAUGAACAAGA